AUGGUCACCACUCCAGAUGAGUUUGGGACAGCUUGGAAGGUGGCAGGCAGCGAUACUUGCAGCGAUGGGUGUGGCUCCUCCUGCCAACAAUGUACCAAUGAGCUCCAUGCUAGAGCUCAGUGUGAGGUGAUUCAGGCAGCCGACGGCCCGUUAAGAUUCUGCCAUGAGCACGUGGACCCGGCACGAUAUUUCAAGAGCUGUGUGUUUGACGUGUGUGUGUUGGGAGAUGAUUUUCUGUGCGGGGCCAUUCAAACAUAUGUCAGCGCCUGUCAGUCUGCUAAUGGUCGAAUCUACCCAUGGAGACAAAACACCACCUGCAGACCUGAGUGUCCCGCCAACAGCCAUUAUGAGCUGUGUGGUAGCGACUGUGGCCACACCUGUGCCAGCAGCAUGAAUGCCAGCUGUGGGCAGGUUUGCUCUGAGGGAUGUUUCUGUGAUGAAGGUUUCGUCAGGAGUGGGACGGGAUGUGUCCCUGUGGAAAGCUGUGGCUGUGAACAUGACGGCUCCUACUAUAAGGAUGGUGAGUCCUUCUGGACAGAAGGUUGCUCCCAGCAAUGUGAGUGCCAUGCUCCCAAUGACCUGCGCUGUUCUGCUGCAUCUUGCACUCCUGCACAAGAGUGUGCCAUCAGAGAUGGCAGGCUGGGCUGUUUUCUUUACGAUUUGACCACUUGCACCGUGUGGGGGGAUCCACACUACAUCACUUUUGAUCACAAGGCCUAUGACUUCCAGGGAACGUGUCGCUAUGUUGUAGCAACCCUUUGUAAUGACACAGAUGGACUCCAUCCAUUUUCAGUGGAAGCUAAGAAUGAGCGCUGGAGUCGGAGACCUGAGUGUCCCGCCAACAGCCAUUAUGAGCUGUGUGGUAGCGACUGUGGCCACACCUGUGCCAGCAGCAUGAAUGCCAGCUGUGGGCAGGUUUGCUCUGAGGGAUGUUUCUGUGAUGAAGGUUUCGUCAGGAGUGGGACGGGAUGUGUCCCUGUGGAAAGCUGUGGCUGUGAACAUGACGGCUCCUACUAUAAGGAUGGUGAGUCCUUCUGGACAGAAGGUUGCUCCCAGCAAUGUGAGUGCCAUGCUCCCAAUGACCUGCACUGUUCUGCUGCAUCUUGCACUCCUGCACAAGAGUGUGCCAUCAGAGAUGGCAGGCUUGGCUGUUUUCUUUACGAUUUGACCACUUGCACCGUGUGGGGGGAUCCACACUACAUCACUUUUGAUCACAAGGCCUAUGACUUCCAGGGAACGUGUCGCUAUGUUGUAGCAACCCUUUGUAAUGACACAGAUGGACUCCAUCCAUUUUCAGUGGAAGCUAAGAAUGAGCGCUGGAGUCGGAGUACAGUUUCAGUCAUAGCUGAAGUUUUUGUGAACGUGUUGGGCAAUCAAGUGCAUAUGUCCAGGGGACGCAACGGUGUGGUAAAAGUGAAUGGAGUAACUAAAAACGUACCUGUUUUCUUGAACGGAAGUGAUGUAUCUGUCUAUGCAAGUGGGUCUUUCAUAUACAUCAGUGCCAAUUUUGGCCUGAUUGUGAAGUACAAUGGACUGUAUGAACUGACAAUCUCCGUACCUUCAAGUUACAGGGGAAAAACAUGUGGACUUUGUGGAAACUUCAAUGGAAAUCCAGAUGAUGAGUUCCGCAUCCCAUCUGGAAUGAUGGUCACCACUCCAGAUGAGUUUGGGACAGCUUGGAAGGUGGCAGGCAGCGAUACUUGCAGCGAUGGGUGUGGCUCCUCCUGCCAACAAUGUACCAAUGAGCUCCAUGCUAGAGCUCAGUGUGAGGUGAUUCAGGCAGCCGACGGCCCGUUAAGAUUCUGCCAUGAGCACGUGGACCCGGCACGAUAUUUCAAGAGCUGUGUGUUUGACGUGUGUGUGUUGGGAGAUGAUUUUCUGUGCGGGGCCAUUCAAACAUAUGUCAGCGCCUGUCAGUCUGCUAAUGGUCGAAUCUACCCAUGGAGACAAAACACCACCUGCAGACCUGAGUGUCCCGCCAACAGCCAUUAUGAGCUGUGUGGUAGCGACUGUGGCCACACCUGUGCCAGCAGCAUUAAUGCCAGCUGCGGGCAGGUUUGCUCUGAGGGAUGUUUCUGUGAUGAAGGUUUCGUCAGGAGUGGGACGGGAUGUGUCCCUGUGGAAAGCUGUGGCUGUGAACAUGACGGCUCCUACUAUAAGGAUGGUGAGUCCUUCUGGACAGAAGGUUGCUCCCAGCGAUGUGAGUGCCAUGCUCCCAAUGACCUGCGCUGUUCUGCUGCAUCUUGCACUCCUGCACAAGAGUGUGCCAUCAGAGAUGGCAGGCUGGGCUGUUUUCUUUACGAUUUGACCACUUGCACUGUGUGGGGGGAUCCACACUACAUCACUUUUGAUCACAAGGCCUAUGACUUCCAGGGAACGUGUCGCUAUGUUGUAGCAACCCUUUGUAAUGACACAGAUGGACUCCAUCCAUUUUCAGUGGAAGCUAAGAAUGAGCGCUGGAGUCGGAGUACAGUUUCAGUCAUAGCUGAAGUUUUUGUGAACGUGUUGGGCAAUCAAGUGCAUAUGUCCAGGGGACGCAACGGUGUGGUAAAAGUGAGUAAAAAGACUUUUUGA